ACAGGCACACACAUGCAGAAAAAAUGUGUGGGAGUUCUAUUCCUCAGCUCAGUCACUGACGACUCAACUAUAAGAGGGAAGAAUGAGGGCGCAAACUCACUGUCUCUCAGCACACACACUCACUCAAAAAAUCCAGAGAACACAGUAAACGCAUAGGUCUAACAGCUUGCACGAUAUUAUCUGAGUGUAAACAGGUAAUGCUGACAAAGGACGACUGAAGCGUGCCAACGUCUGAAUAACGCUGGACUGCUAAAAACGCAGAGUGGACACGGGUGGUUUCCCUUGCCUCAGUACACCUUGUUCACCGCCAGUCACCACCUAUUUGUUUUGGGCAAAGAGGUGAAGCAAAGAAAACAGGUAGAGGAGUUGGGACCGUUGAGAAGGUUUAGAGAAAGUACAUUUCAGAUGUCUUUCUCUCCACCUUCGUUGCCCAUCGUGGCAGUCCAGUUCAUGGUGGUCAUCUCCCUGCCAGCCCUCAUUCACAGCUUCCAACCACUCUUCUCAUUUGAUGGGAAUGUCACCACUCACCGUGACAUCACACAAAGGGCGGUCCUCAGAAAGACGGCUGAGGUCUGCAGAGAUAUUGCUGCCUCUGAGGGACGGGACUUCAGCCUGACCAUUGAUGACAGCCUGUCCACUGACAUGGUCCAAAAGGCCUGUUCCUCUACAGGCAACUCUCCCACCUCUCUCCUCUCGACUGUCAUGUUCACGACGUCCAUCGCCAAUAUGUACUUAAGCAACGCAAAAGUGGAUGUGACUUUUGCACUGAGUAAGGAGCACCAUUUUGAUGAUGAGACCUUCCAGGGAGGACGGGAUGUCAUAACAGCAGGUGUGUUUGCCGUGAAGGCCAGUGUGAAGCUGGAGAACUUUGUCGCAGGCAGGUGGACACUUGGAAGCGUCUGUCAUACCCUACAGGACUUCUACAGCCACAGUAACUGGGUGGAGCUGGGGAACAAUGCUCCAUACAGCGCUCUGAUCAAACCAGACCAACCUCUUCAGAACUUGGCAGGCCCAACUACACCAACAUGUAGAAACUGUACCGGAGGAAACUGUGAGAACAACCUCCUGCCUGACCUGCUGCAGCAGGGGCUUCUCACCUCGGGGUACUUCAACGUCUUCUCCUCAGAGAAACCUGCAGGUAAAUGCAGCCACGGUGGAUCGUUUGAUCAGACGAGCACUCAUGACCCAGUGGGAGGCAUUAAUAAGGAUGAUGUUGGGUCCAGUCAUGGCUCACUUCACCACAAAGCAGCAGAUUUGGCUGUGAAAGCCACCAUGGAGCUACUGGAGGACAUCAGACAAGCUGUCGGAGACAUAAACUUCCUGCGAUUGAUGGGCCUCUCCCAGUCCUCUGUGCUGUGUUUUGUCAUUGACACCACAGGCAGUAUGAGCGAUGACAUCGCAGAGGCUAAGAGAGUUUCCUUUGACAUCAUUGACAGUAAGAGGGGAACCCAGCAGGAGCCCUCUGCCUACAUAUUGGUACCAUUCAAUGACCCAGGUUUUGGACCUCUGAUUAUGACAACCAAUGCAGACAUCUUCAAAGACAACAUCAACAAGCUGUCUGCAAGUGGAGGAGGAGACAUCCCGGAGCUGUGCUUGUCUGGACUGCAGCUUGCCUUGACCGCAGCUCCACCCUCCUCUGAGAUUUUUGUCUUCACUGAUGCUCCAGCUAAAGAUGCUUACCUAAAAAGCACCAUCACAGCCCUUAUAGAGAGCACCAAGUCUGUGGUUACUUUCAUGUUGACAGACGUCAAAGCUAGUCGACGGCGCCGCAGAAAUCUUGAGGAUGUGAGUUCACGUUCAAUGAGCCAAUCAGAUGCACAGCUGUACCGUGACCUAGCCCAAGCCUCUGGAGGUCAGGCCAUUGAGGUCACCAAGUCAGACCUCUCUGUGGCUACAAGUGUAAUAAAGGAUUCAUCGGCCAGUGCUGUGGUGACAGUUUUUCAGGUCGUGAGGAAUCCAGGGCGGCCGGAUAAUUUUACGUUUACUGUUGAUGGCUCCCUAAGGAACAUGACUGCCUACAUCACAGGAACAUCAUCUCUCACUUUUGAUCUCACCAGCUCAACAGGUGUAUCUCAGAGUUCCAGUCAGCCCAGUGGUCCACUGGCAUCUUUCACCACAGCAGGAAACCUACGUCGUUUAAGCCUCAACACUGACAAUCAAACCGGGUCAUGGGAAAUUAGAGUAAACUCUAAUAACCCCUAUUCUAUUAAGGUCACAGGUCAAAGCUCAGUGAACUUCAUUUUUUAUCUUGUGGAAGCUCAUGAGGGAGCCCACGGGGACUUCAGUCUCAAGGAGGGACGUCCUUUUUCAGGUGGUAAUGCCAGCCUCUUGGUCUCUGUGACAGGGAGUGACACAGUAAAGGUCACAGAGGUCACUCUGUUUGACAGCUCAGGGCCAACAGAGGUCAACGGAUCACUGAAGUCGGUGGGAAGUGGUAACUUCCUGGUGACAUUCAGUGGAGUCCCGGCAGGCGACUUUGUGGUUCGCCUAAGAGGAGAGGACAGCGGUUCCACCUCCAGGUCAACACCGAGCAGCUUCCAGAGACAAGCCUCUACACAGAUCAGGACAUCCAGCAUCUCUGUUACAACCCAAGCCAACAACACCAACAUUGAACCAGGCUCCACCAUCUCCGUCCCUUUCACAGUCACCACAACCACCAAUGGAGUUGUUAAUGACUCUGCAACCGGGACGUUCACAGUUCGAGCAAACAAUGACCGCAGCUAUACUUCAUCUUCGCCCAGCACCAUUACCAUAGCGGCUGGCAAUGGAGGCAAAGCCAACGGCACCGUCACCUUAACAGCACCAGCCAGUGCUGCAUCAGGAACAGACGUGACCCUUACCAUUGAGGCAGAAAAUACAGCUGACAACGACAUCAACUACACUGUCCUAAGGUUGUCUGUUGUUGGCAAGGUGACAGAUAUGACCCGCCCAGUGUGCCAGGUAGUUAGUUCAUCAACCAUUUGUCCAUCCUCUUCAUCGCUCUGUACUUCCUCCCAGUGGAAAUUCAUCGCUAAUCUCACCGAUGGCAUCAAUGGAACUGGCAUUGAGAGCGUCACCAUCCGCCAAGGGAAUGGUACCCUUAAUACCAGCACAGUGGCUGGAGCAGGGGGUGAGAACAUGACAGUGGUUACCUACAUCGCCUCCUGCUGUUCACAGAAUGUAGAGCUGGCUGCUGUGGACAAAGUAGGUAAUGUGGGGACAUGUGUGGUACAGGCCAGAGAAUCUGCCACGACUGCCCCUGUUACUACAGCUGCACUGAACACAACAUCCACUGGAGGGCACACACAGAGCACGCCACACUAUCUCUGGAUCAGUGUUGUGGUUUCUCUCCUUUGGAAGCAAACGGUAUAAAUAGAAAUUACACUGUAAAUGUGGAAUUAUGGCACAUGAAUUAAGUCUUUUAUAGCUUUAAGUUUAAAUUAUUUAAAGAAAACAUAUUUCCUUCUAUUUGAAUAAUGGAAUUGGUAGUGAUCUUGCGUUAAAAACAAAGAAAAAUUAAAUAACUUUGCUUUCCUGAACAAAUGGAACAGUUACUUAAACAAUGUGAUGAUAUUCUUUAUGGUGUGUAGAUUGGCUGCAGCCAUUAUAGCCGAGUGAUGUUAAUGUAGAAUCUGCUAUUUCAGAAAUGGUCUUUAUGGUUUCUGGGGUUUCAGUAGAUAGUCACAUAAUUUGAGUGUUUGUUGAUGAUGGUGGUGAUCAAUAAACUUCCCUACAGAACUUUUAGUUUCGACACUGUUAGAAACCAUUUGUAUAUGAAGUCCAGAAUAUUACAAAUAAUACUUUUUAUGAUUCUUUUUUUGGUGUAUCUUCAGUACUUUCUCUGCCCUGUUCACUUCAAUUAAAAGGACCUGAAAACCA